GUUAUUCAUACAUUUUCUGAGCAUAUUGAGUAUCAUGGACCAAACCUUGUUCACACCGCGGCUGAAGUUGACGCUCAUCACGACAGCGGAGAGAGGGAGCCAGGAGCUUAAAUGGCUACACGAUUUGCGCAGUGACGAAAAGGCUACAUGGUGGAGCUUCUACGGCAUAUCGAAGACCAUUGAAGAUACGGAAAAAGUCAUGAAAAGCAUUUUGCCAACUACACUCAACGAAGGCGAAGAGAAAUCAUACCGGGCCGUAUAUGCCAUUCACGAAUUGCUCGCUCCAAACAGCACUCCAACAAAUCAAGAAGAUAUCCCUACCCGGUUUAUCGGACUCAUCACUCUCCGUUCUCUCGAUAAGAGCAAUCUUGCUCUACCACCCCAUAUCUUUCCAGACUCUGUCCACUCACCCGAUUGUCUCACACUCGAACUUGGAUACCAAUUCUUACCCGCAGCAUGGGGCAAAGGCCUUGCGACCGAAGCCGUAAAAAAAGUCUUCGACGCUUGCCACGGUGAGCAAAAGUUCUGGGACAAUUACCAAAAGGUAUAUGUUCGAGCGAUUGUUAACUAUGAGAAUCCGCCUAGUAUGCGCGUCUUGACGAAGAGCGGUAUGAAGGAGCUGGCUGUGCACGUUUGGGAUGGGGAUGGGAUAUGGCUUGCGGGCAAGUGGAGGACUACGGAUGCACUUCAUAUUUUUGGGAAGUUUGUGAAGGAGUGA